GCGGCCAUUACGAGCGAUUUUAUCACUGGUUUUUGUGGCGAAACAGAAGAAGAUCACGAGGCCACGUUGGAUCUGAUUCGCAGAGUGGGCUACGCAUUCCUGUUCUGCUUCCCUUUCAGCAUGCGUGAGAAAACGCGAGCCUAUCAUCGUCUGGUGGAUGAUGUUUCGCCUACAGUUAAGCUACAACGAUUGGAGCAGUUACGUCAACUUAAUCGCCAGUCCAGUUUAAAAUUUAAUCAAGCCCAAAUCGGCCGAGUACAAUUGAUCCUUAUUGAAGGGCAAAGUCGUCGAUCCCCGGAUUUCGUUUACGGACGAAACGAUUUCAAUAUCAAAGUGAUUGUUCCGAGAACAGCCACUCCACUCAGUGUUGCUGCUGCCACUGAUGAUGAUCCAAACAUGUUGUCACCUGUCACACUUCAACCGGGGAAUUAUUGUGCCGUUCAGCAUUCUACGGAUCUAUUUGUGCAGUUCAGUGCAAUCAUAGCUGCCACUCGCAGUCGCACUUGUGUCUGUUCCACUGCGGCCAGAAAAGCCGAUUGA